AUGUCUUCAGGAGGCUUCCACAGACUUUGUUCAGCGCAUGACCGUACUAUCCCUGAAGAUGUAGAUUCUAUCGAUCUAUCAUUGGAUCUAGAUGAAGGAAAUGUUGGUGUGCAUCCUGACUUUGCAAAUACCGAACUAGAGCUUGAUAUAGAUCUAGAGGAUCCUCUAGCAAAUUCAAUGCACUUUGAAGAAUCUUAUCCCGAUGGGCCUGGUAUUAAUACAAAGAUAAAGAAAGUUAGGGACGUCUUUAUUGAGAACGUAGUAAUUCCACUACGAGAUAAAGUUAUCUAUCCAACAAUGCAUUUUAAUUCUACAUUAUAUAGUCGUAUCGACUACGGUUUGGAUUAUGUGUAUAGGCCCUUGCCUUUGCAAAGAUUAUUCUACAUAUGUUUGAUGUGCAUAAUUACAUUCUUCAUUUCAAGAGAUUCGAACCUAAAUAACUCAAUGAAUGGUUCACGUCAGUAUAUCACACAUUAUACAUUUUCAGAACAUCACUCGUAUCUGAAUUAUACACAUCAAACUAUCGAUUUGGCCAAAUUUGAAACUGACCUGGAAUAUCUUUUCCGAAUCCCACACCGUUCUGGUACGAAAGGUGAUUUAUUAAUCAAAGAUUACCUCACACACUCCUUCAAGAAAAACCAAUUAGGUUCUGUUGAAGAAUUCAAAAUACAAGCGUACGCAAAUUAUCCCGAUAGUACAAACUCGUCAUUAAGUUUUUCCAGAGAAAAUGAUGAAAUCUUACAGAUUGAUUUAAAUGACUCCAAUUUUAGUCCGCUUACAAUGAAUGGAUAUGUUGAAAAUGCUAAUUUAUUAUACGGAAAUAAGGGCACAUUCAAUCAGUUGAAGGAAAUGGAAGCUAAAGGGCUGUUGGAUGAUGAUUUUGUCUUACUCCUUGAUUAUGAUAUUGUCGUUAGUGAGCAAAUUCUCUUGGCUCAAAAUUUUGGAGCCAAAGGUGUCCUUUUCAUUUCUGAUGCCUCUGAAGAUAAUGAUGCGAUUGAUGGUAAGCCAGCAGGAAUAUCUCAAUUUCAUUCAGGAGAUGUGUUGAGUCCCAAUUGGUCAAGUUCAAAUUUAAAGAAAAUAUCGUUAAAUGAAUCUACAGCUAUAGCUCAGAUACCUGUUUUACCUUUAUCUCACAAGCAAGGACUAUUGAUUUUAUCAGAGCUUUCUGAAGGAGGGGUUUUAUUCGAUAAUGGUAGGACUAGUGGUGUUUCUUAUGACGUUACAGUUAAUUUAAAUGUUAGUUCUAUCGUGAAGGAGAGGCAAGCUUCCUACAAUGUGAUCGGUAAAAUAGAAGGAAGAGAACAAUCAGAAAAGGGAAUUAUAGUAGCAGCUUCAAGGUUAUCAAAUUUUGGUACGGCCUGCCUUCUAAGCCUUUGUCAAAUUUUACAACAAAUUAAGUUUAAGUACGAUUGGAUACCCUUGAGGAAUAUAUAUUUAAUAUCCUUUGCAGGUACCGAAUUUAAUUUUGCUGGGUCUACUGAAUUCUUUGAAUUUAAUUCACUGUCUAUAUUAAAGGAAAUUUAUUCAUUUGUGGACAUUUCAAAACUAGGUCUCAUGGAUGAAAUGAAGAUUCAAUCCCAUCCUUUGUUGCAGACCCUCUUUAAAGAAAUCUCCCCAUUAGCUAACAUUAGUUUGAAUGACACUAAUGUUGUACACGAAUACGGUGAUUGGACACCUUUUAUGGCCAAUGGUAUUCCAGUUACAGUACUUUCUAGUGUUAAUGCCGCCGAGGAUUUCGGUCAAAUUCAUUAUGAGCUAAAGGACCCACCUAAGCAGGAAGCUUUGAGGUCAUUAUUAGUAUUUGUGGCGGAUAAAACAAUUCAAUUAGCAAAUAAUCCAAUUAUACCUUUUGAUGUAGCUAACUACGUUGAUGUUGUUACCGAUAUGUUGCAAACUCUUGAAACACAACACCACACAAUUUUGAAGUUUACAACUCUUGUUAGAAACAUGCUGAAAUGGAAGAAAAUUAGUAGUGACUGGAAAUUAUGGAUCAGAUAUUGGAGUAAUGCAAUGAAUAAUCAUAGAUUGAGCAGUGAGACAAGAUUAGUGGCGACGAAUCGUUGGAGUUGGAACAUUAAGAUGAGUAAUAUCGGAAAACAUACUGUGAAUGAAUUAGGAUUACCAUUUAACCGUGAAUUUUACAAGAAUGUUAUGUUUGGACCACCAUUAUGGCAUGGUAACGUCGCUGAAAAUUGGUUCCUUCCAAGUCUACAGGAUGCGUUACUUAUUGAAGAUUAUGUUAGCGCACAAGAACAAAUCGAAUCCAUAGGGAAGGCUCUAGAUAAAGCUUCUACUACAUUUAUUGAUGAGGCAAAUAAUGUAAAAUAUUAA